AUGGACAGACAGAGACAGAAACAGACACAGACACAGAGACGGCCAGAGACAGCCAGGCAGAGACAGCCAGAGACAGCGACAGAGAGAGGGAUAGCCAGAGACAGAGAGCCAGGACAGAGGGAUACAGAGACAGAGACAGAAAGCGACAGGAAGUGACAGAAAGAGACACAGUCAGACAGCCAGGCAGAGACAGCCAGAGACAGCGACAGAGAGAGGGAUAGCCAGAGACAGAGAGCCAGGGACAGCCAGAGACAGCCAGAGACAGAGAGAGAGACAGAGACAGGCAGAGACAAGAAAGAAACAGGCAUACAAACAGAGAAAGAGAGAGACAAAGAAAGAGACAGAGACAGAGACACAGAUACAGAGACAGACAGAGUCAGAGACGGACGGAGAGCCAGAGAUAGACAGCAAAAGAGACAGAGCGAGAGAAAGAGAUAG